AUGAAGCCCCGUGUGGUGCUCCGGAGGUGCUCUUCGCUUCCGUGCCAUCGGCCAGCAGCGCCUUUGCUGCUGGAUUUUCUCGCCCCGUCAGCGCUCCGUCACCGCCAUUACCACACAACGCCCGCCUACCACUCAACCUCGCCAGCGACCCAGCCGACCUCGGAAGCCCGGAAGCCGAAAUAUGUUCUCAAUAAACAUCAAAGAGAGUUCCUGGAUAGCGCGCUGCGGGUCAACCAGGCCGGCGAAUUAGCCGCCACGCUGAUCUAUACCGCGCAAACGCCACAGGUUAUCCGUUCGCACCCACACCUGCGCCCGUUGAUGAAGCACAUGUACGACCAGGAAGAAGGCCAUUUAACCACAUUCAACCAUAUGAUUUCCAAGCACCGGGUGCGGCCGACUGCAAUGUAUCCGGUCUGGGAGGUUGCUGCGACGUUCUUAGGGUGGUCAACGGGUGUCAUGGGACGUGAGGCAGCGAUGGCCUGCACAGAGGCCGUGGAGACAGAAAUUGGGUCACAUUACAACGACCAAAUUCGAGAAAUCCUGUCGUGGGAAGCCGAUGCAAAGAGUCGUGGGGAGGAGUUGGACGAUGAGCUGAAGGAAAUGCUUACGACCUUCCGGCGGAUCCGCGACGAAGAACUCGAGCAUCUUGAUCAUGCUGUUGAGAACGAUUCCAAAGAGGCACAACCAUACGACCCAUUGGUGAAUGUCAUUCGUCUGGGGUGCAGGGCGGCCAUUAAGAUCAGCGAGAGAGUAUGA